AAAGCAAAACCCCCCACUACUAUUGCUAAUCUUUCACAAAAAACCAUUUCCUAAUUCCCCCACUUCGCCCGCCAUUUUCCUCUUUAUAAUCCUCCUCCCACCAUCACCACCACAUUAGUGUUCUUGAAAGAGAGAGAGAGAGAGAGAGAGACAGGAGUGGAGAGCAGAGAUGAGAGAGAGAUUGAGCAUGUAACAGGCUCGCUUCUCCCAUCUCUGUCUCUCUCUCUCUAUCUCCUCUACUCAAGAGUCACACAAGCAAGAGACCGAGCGAGAGGAUGAUGUGGUCGCAUGAGCCGGCGGCGGAGCAGAAGGCGGCGGCGGCGGCGGCGACACGGCAGCGGAGCUCCGUGGCCAAGCUGACGACGGCCUCGUCCUCGUCCUUGGCGAACCUCCUCUCGGUCUUCGUCGGGGCGAAUAACAGCAACUCCUCGGCGGACCCGACGCCGCCGCCGAGGCGGAGCUUCGACGAGGGCGGCGGCGUCGGGCUGGGCAUCGUCGCGGCCAUGAGCCACGCCUGCCUGACCGGGGCUGGGGCCGGGGUCGGGGCCGAGCCGAUCGCCAUCGGCGCCGCGGCUAGGCGGCGGCGCGCGCGCGAGGAGGACGAGAGCUACACGUGCGUCAUCACGCACGUGGCCGGCGCUGGCGGCGGCAGCGUUCGGAAGAGGGUCUACUUUGGGUUCGGCGACGGCGGUGGCUGGCUCGUGGAAGCCGACGACGAGGCGCCGGCGCCGGCGCCCGAUUUCUUGAGCCGGUGCUGCCUCUGUGACAAGAGGCUUGAUGGGCUCGAUAUCUACAUGUACAGGUAUUUAGUCCUAGGGAUGCAAAGAUGGUCUUACCUAGGUUAAGAUGAUCAAGCAAUCAACACCUCAGGAAGAUGAAAAAGAAGCGUGGAAGAUCCUAGAAGAUGAACAAGAAGCUCAAGACAUCAAGAAGAAGACGUCGGACAAAAGGGCGUGAAGAAAUAACACCCAAGCGGCACUGGAUAAAGCGGGCUCACCUUCACCGUAGUUACGAGAUUUGUAACAAGACAAUGUACCUUACUAUUGUUGAGGGAACUCAGUCACUUCGCUUGCAGAAAAUAAGUGAAGGUGCAUUUGCUGCUGCUUGAAUGUUGACUAGAAGCAAGAACAUUUAAUAUAAAGCACCAAAGCUCCAAGUUCAAGAAUUAUUAGGAACCUUUGGUUCUUCUACCAUGUUCUCUUGGACUUGCUGAGCAAGGAUCGCCUUAAGCUGUUGAAUGAGUUUGGUUGGCUUGCUAGUUA